AUGUCUGUCACGACGCAGCCCGUCAUCCCGCCUGUGGCGCUGGAUAGCAUCACCCAGCACAUUGGCAACACCCCUCUUGUGCGACUGAAUCGCCUCCCUCAGAGUCUGGGUAUCGAGGCCACCGUCUAUGCCAAAUUGGAGUAUUUCAAUGCCGGCGGCUCCGUCAAGGAUCGCAUUGCCCUGCGUAUGAUUGAAGAGGCUGAGCGAUCCGGUCGCAUCAAGCCGGGUGACACCUUGAUUGAACCCACCAGUGGCAACACUGGUAUUGGACUGGCCUUGGUUGGCGCUGUUAAGGGUUACAAAACCAUUAUCACCCUCCCCGAGAAGAUGUCCGCGGAGAAGGUGUCCGUCCUGCGGGCUCUCAAUGCGACCAUCAUCCGAACCCCCAAUGAGGCCGCCUUCGAUUCCCCCGAGUCCCACAUCGGAGUUGCCAGGCGCCUGGAGAAGGAGUUGCCCAAUGCCCACAUCCUCGAUCAGUAUUGCAACCUGAACAACCCAUUGGCCCACGAGCUCGGCACCGCGCAGGAGAUCUGGACACAGACCAAGGGUGAGAUCAACGCUAUCGUCGCAGGCGCCGGAACCGGUGGCACCAUCACCGGUCUGGCUCGCGGUCUGAAGAAGCACAACGCCAACAUCGAGGUCAUUGCCGCCGAUCCUUUUGGUUCUAUCCUUGCCCUGCCGCCCACAUUGAACGAAUCCCGUGUCAACGAGCCCUACAAGGUGGAGGGUAUUGGUUACGAUUUCAUUCCGGAUGUGCUGGACCAGAAGAUCGUCGACCGCUGGUACAAGACUGAAGAUCGGGAGUCAUUCCAAUACUCGCGUCGUCUCAUUGCCGAGGAGGGUCUGCUGGUCGGCGGUAGCAGUGGAAGCGCUAUUGCCGCUCUAGUGAAAGCCAAUCAGGAGAAGAAGUUCUCCAAGGAUGACGUUGUGGUCGUUAUUCUCCCAGAUAGCAUCCGCAGCUACCUUACCAAGUUCGCCGAUGACGACUGGCUUGCCGCCAAUGACCUUUUCCCCGCUGCAGUCCCCACCGAGACAACCGCUCAAGCCCAGACAGCCGCUUCCGAGGACCCCUUGGCUGGUGCCAAGGUCAGCGCGCUCCGGCUGAAGCCAAUCACCACCGUCACCUCCAACUUCCCCUGUGAAGCAGCUAUCGAGAUCAUGCGUGAGAAGGGCUUUGAUCAGCUUCCCGUUCUGGCACCCUCGGGUCGCAAGCUCGUUGGCCUCCUUACCCUGGGUAACGUCCUAAGCAGACUGACCCACGGUCGGGUAUCGGGCAAGACCCCCGUCUCGGAGGUGAUGUUUGAUUUCUCGAAGAUCCCUGAGGUUGUCACUGAUCCCCGUGACAUGGGCGCCACCGGUCAGUCGAAGAUCCUGCCCAAGCGCCGCCAGUUCAUCGAGAUCACCUUGGACACCCCGCUCAGCGUCCUGAACCGCUUCUUUGAGUGGAAUAGUGCUGCCGUUGUGACCGAGAAGGAUGCAAAUGGCAGCAUGAAGCCGCUGGCGGUGGUUACCAAGGUGGACCUGCUCACCUGGUUGCUGCACCAGAACAAGAACAACGGCAAUUAA